AUGGCGAAGCUUGCGGAGGAGACCCCCGGUGGUGUUCUCGUCUACCAACACGUCAAAAAGCUCUCCACCGCUCCCAAGUGCUCUGACUGUGACUUCAAGCUUGCUAACUUUGUGUGUUGGAGGCUUAGGACGGGACGCGAGACGGGUUAUUGGUUGGACUCCAUGGUCCCUGCUCUUCGCCCACGCCAAUACGCUACCAUCUCGAAGACGCAGAAGUCCGUCAGCAGGGCGUACGGUGGCUCGCGGCUUUCCGCCCGUCUCAUUUUCUCUGAUAUUCCUGUCCUACGUUCGAGUGCUCAUCCUUUCGUCCUCCCAUGCAGGGUUGUUCGCGCAUUCUUGAUCGAGGAGGCCAAGGUCGUCAAGACGGACACCUAG